AACCAAGUGAUCCACUGCUCUGAGCAGAGCUCACCAUUCCCGUGCCCCCCAUUGACCCGUCAGUGAGGGGCGCCAAUGGCGGCCGCGGUGCUCCUGGCCGCCGUCCUGGCGCUGUCCCGGCUCCCUCUGCCCCUCUCCGCCGCGGCCGCCGUCGGUGACACUGACACGGCCGCGGCGGCCGCGGACCGCAUCACGGCCCUGCCGGGGCAGCCGCCGGUCAGCUUCUCCAUGUACUCCGGGUACGUCACCGUCGACGCCGCGGCCGGGCGCGCGCUCUUCUACUGGCUCAUCGAGGCCGCCGUCGCCGACCCGGCGCCCGCGCCGCUCGUGCUCUGGCUCAACGGCGGGCCCGGGUGCUCCUCCGUCGGCUACGGCGCGUCCGAGGAGCUCGGCGCGUUCCGGAUCAACCCCGACGGGAAGUCCCUCUACUUGAACCCCUAUCCCUGGAACAAAGUGGCCAACAUGUUGUUCUUGGACUCACCGGCCGGCGUCGGCUACUCCUACUCCAACACCACCUCCGAUCUGUUCACUGCUGGUGAUAACAAGACAGCUCAUGAUUCGUAUAUUUUCUUGGUGAAUUGGUUGGAACGGUUUCCACAGUACAAGUACCGCGAUUUCUACAUUUCCGGAGAGAGCUAUGGAGGGCACUAUGUCCCUCAGUUGUCUCAGCUAGUGUACUGGAAUAACAAAGGUGUUGAUAAGCCUGUCCUAAACUUUAAAGGCUUUAUGGUUGGAAAUGCGGUAAUCGACGAUUACCAUGACUAUGUUGGCACAUUUGAGUACUGGUGGACACACGGGUUGAUAUCCGAUGAUACAUAUCAGAAGUUGCAGGUGUCCUGUGAUUUUGGAUCAUCUGCACACCCAUCAAAAGCAUGUGACAAGAUUUAUGAAGUGGCCGAGGCUGAACAAGGGAACAUUGAUGCAUACAGCAUCUACACCCCUACCUGUAAAAAAACUUCGUUUCUCAAGCGAAGGUUAAUAAAGGGCAACAUGCCAUGGUUGCCUAGAGGAUAUGAUCCCUGCACUGAAAAGUACUCCACCAAGUAUUACAACCUACCAGAGGUGCAAAAGGCUUUUCAUGCUAAUGUCACUGGAAUACCGUAUGCCUGGACCACCUGCAGCGAUGACUUGUUUUAUUAUUGGAAAGAUUCACCAAGGUCCAUGCUUCCUAUUUACCGUGAACUUAUUGCAGCCGGUCUAAGAAUAUGGGUUUUCAGCGGCGAUGCUGAUUCUGUAGUCCCCCUCACUGCGACAAGAUACUCCAUUGAUGCACUCCAUCUACCUACUGUGACUAAUUGGUAUCCUUGGUAUGAUGAUGAUGAGGUUGCUGGUUGGUGUCAAGUGUACCAAGGAUUGACACUGGUGACGAUUCGAGGAGCAGGGCACGAAGUUCCUCUCCAUCGUCCGCGGCAAGCCUUAAAGCUCUUUGAGCAUUUCCUGCAAGAUAAUCCCAUGCCUCAGCCUGUACAUAGCAUUCAGUCCUUUUAGAAUUUUCUUCCAUUUAAUGUGGAAGAUCAUGCCGCGAGGCCAUCAUGUUGUAUAAUUUUAAGCCUGGGUCGCACAUUUUCUGAUGAACGGAUUUCAUCUGUUCAAAUAACAUCUGGCCACUCAUCAUUCUUAAUUAAUUUAACUAUAUAUUCCCAGUAACUUCAGAAAUCAGAAAUAAUGCUCAUCCUGUUGAAAGUUUUGUAUUUUAGUUGAUGUGUACCAUAAGGGCGAGAUGGAAAUGUAGCUCCAAAAUUUACGAGCUUGCUUCUCGGACAAGCCAGAACACAUAAUGAAUAU